UUUAUAUGUAUUAUAUUUACUGGGAGCGGUCUGGGGAGGGAGGAUGCGGCAGCCCACCCAGUGCCUGAGCGGGGCGGAGCAGCCCAGCUCGGCCGAAGCUCAUCUCUGCCGUGGAGACAUCCGAGAUGCAAAAGGCAGAGGCCCGGCCACGUCAGCACGACCACUUCGGGGGCGCCGCAAGGGGACGAGGCGGGGAGCGCGCCGCCGGAGUGCCGCUCGGACCCAUGGAAAUCCCCGCCGGGCUGAUGCUGGUACGAGGGCGGGGAAGCAGCGGCGAGGGAAAAGGGGCGAAAGCCGGCCCUUGGGUUAGGCAGCCGCCUCAAGCAGAGGAUUUUGGCCAUCGCGAAAGGGCAGGCGUUCAAUUCAUUUUGACGCGUUUGCUCUCCAGCAUCUGUGGAACUGUCUGCCUCAGGUGCCCAAAGGCGCGAUGCACCUUCAUUUGAGUGGGGCGGAGGGGGAGACGCCGCUAGAUGUCGGCGCCUGAGGCUGCAGAAAUGUCUAGGGCGGGCCCGCGGGAGGGGCGGGGGGAAAUCCGCCACCGAAGCAAAUGCCUGCGCGAUCAGAAACGGCUCUCCAAACUGCGUUGUACAGUUCAUUUUCUGAACUUUACGCACCUCGGUUCCCAAGGGCCGUGUGCACGCCCGAGGAGAAGGCGACGCGCGUGUUUGCAAGGCGCGUUAAGAACAAACGUCGUCCUGAGAAGGACGGGCACAGGACAAAGCGUCCUCGGCAGGGGCCUAGCUCUUGCUGAAGUGGUAAACAUGUGUCUCAGCUGCACCACGUUGGACUUCAAGUGGGGGGGGGGGUCACAUGACUGAAGGGUUUACCUAUGCGAAACAAAACUCCCCUGCGCAUAGAAAACUAAAGCUAAGGGAGAAGGGUUGGAACACAGCCUAGCCUUCUUCCUGAUAGGCUCCUUUUCUGUGUGGGUAGGUGAAUCUAUUUUUCUUGUGGGCGUCCCCACAUUCCAUUAUACCAGCUUCCACUUGCAGUCAAAAAUAGUCUAGUCUGGACACCAGUUUACCCCUACCAAAGUGAGUGUUCUCCGGGGGGGGGGGGAGGACCCUUAAACCCAAAAGCAAUAUCCAGAGUAAAUGAUUACGCCACAGACAGGGUGUGACAGUUACUUAAGGAAAGAUUCCAAAAUCCAUAUUAGGGCAAUGCCUUUAUUAGACUAAACAAAAUAUAACAAAGCAUUGUUUAAGCUUUCAAGUUCUCCAGAAGUCUUAAUCAGGCUAGAAUUGUAAACAAAACAAAGAAGAGAAUAAUUGACCUAAGGGGGAGGCUAAUAAAUGUAUUGCCAUAAUAUGAAAUAUGAAUUUUUUCUUAUAGGCCAAAAUGGCUUACAUUUAUUUUUUGUUUGGCCCAGGUAUGUGUUUCAGGAGGUCUUAGAUCAAUGAUGAGGAAGCUGAGGCUCUGCAGAUGUUGUUGGACUACAACUCCCAGCAUCUAUGACUGUGGGCUGUUCUGCCUGCGGCUAGCGAGAGUCCAACAACAUUAGGAGUGCCUCUGGUUCCUCAUCCCGGUCUUCGACCGUAAAGUCUUAAGUGGACAGCACAUCAAGGAGCACCUCAGAAAAGACAUUGCGAAUCAGGAAACCCUGGGGAAAUGGGGGAGAAUUCUAGGUUUCUGGGGUCAACAGAGCUAGAGAGAUACUAUUUAUUGUGGAAAUAAAAAUAAUAAAAAUAAAAAACUGUCCAGUAGCACCUUAUAGACCAGCUAAGUUUGUUCUGGUAUAAGCUUUCAUGUGCAUGCACACUUCUUCAGAUACUGAUGGACUUCCAUUUCAUUUGUUGUGGGACACAGUCCUUCGAGAUCAGUUCUGUCCCCAGGAAGAACUUACACAGUGUCAUCAGCCAUACAAAGUUAAAAGAGAUGGCACUCAGAAUUAGUGGGGUCUCAAAGAAACAGUAUUGUGAAAGGGGAAGGGACAGACCCCAGGGAGAGGGAAGCUGGUUCAGUAUUCCACAUCCAGGGACAGAUAAGAGAAUCCUUACUAAACGAAGAUGGGGAGACUCAUACAGGAUGGGUUUUAGGCAGAGUGGGACCCAAAGGCAUGGAAGGAGGCACCUCAGGGGAGUCUGCCAUGUAGAAUGUGAGGGACCCAAGAACUCACUACCAUGAAAUAGUAGUAGCAAGUGGUCCUUAGUAAACAAGCUAUGGAAACAACUUAUCUUGAACAAGUUCUGUAGAGGAAACCCAGAGAGACAGGAAGUACCAUUUCCUGUUUGGGGAGUGCAGAAAGAGUUGUGAAGUGUUUGGUAGGCCAUAAUAUAUGGCUGCUGGUGGUGGGCUUUGUUGUUUUUGUGUGGGUGUAGACCUACUUUGCAGAAACACCAGUGAGGUCGGAGAUGCACGGAAAUUAGUUAGCUAGAAAUAUGAAUGAAAGAGGUGCAGUGCCAGUCCAGAGAGUGAAAAGAUUGAGUGCAGUUGGGGAAAUCAGGACAAUUUUGAACUGUAAGCUUAUAGGGGGCAGGGUCCUUUUUUGUAUAUAUUUUUGUGCUAAGUUCCAUAUAUAUUAAUGGUGCCAUACAAAUAUUUAUUUUUUAUUUUUGUAAAACAACUACCCUGCUCUUCAACCAAAAAUGCCCAUUGAUUUAGAUAUUUAGAUAUGUUAGCUACAUGGUAUAUGGUACUUGUAUUUGUGGUAGUACAAGCUAAAUGGGACAGUUCAUAGAUCUCACUUAAUAUUUUCUGGCUUUUUAAAAGUACAUUCUUAUCCCUUCAUCUAAGUAAAAUUAAUUCAUUUUGAUCCUAGGAACCGUCCCUUUACACUGUCAAGGCAAUUUUCAUCUUGGACAGCUUUGGGCAGCGACUUUUGGCCAAGGCAGGUACCUCCACCAAUUUUUUUAAAGGCUCAGUUCCACUCUGGUAAGACACCAUUUUUCAGGUUGGGAAUAGAAGAUCUCUGCUGGGGUGCAUUCAGUAGUGGAGGUCAAACACAUGAAACAAGGAAUCCUACUACUUGUCCUUUGAGAAAGCCAGACCAGCUUAUCUGAGACUUGCAGUCAAUCUCACACCCAGAGAAUUGAGACCUGCUUAAUUUGAACAGUGCACCCGCAGCAUGUGUCCUCAGACCAUUCAUUGGGGUGGGCUUGUUGACUCCAUCCCAGAAAUUAAGAAUUGCUAUGCUGGAUCACUGCUUAACAGCAACCAACCAAGUUCAGGGGGGUGGAGAUUGCAUAAGGAGGGCAACAUCUGCCUUCUUCUGUUAUUUCCUGCAUGAGGUCAGCAAGAGAUCCUUAUUACCUUGGCUAAUUGCCCCAGCUGUACUGGUGCCCCAUGUAGCCAUCCAAUCCCUUUGAAAAGCUACUUUUGCUACUUGGGACCAAACACUCUUUGUGUUCAUUGAGUUCCAUCAGUUGAGUUUUCGUAUCACGGGAAUAACUUCCUGUUCUCGUAAAUGUGUCCCCAUCAAUUUCAGCCACUGUUUCCACCUUUAUGCAUUCUGACAGGUAAUCGUUUUUCACUCUCUGUUCAUCACUGAUGUGAGGGAUGAAGGGCCUGUGGACCUCCAGAUGUCGCUGAACACAGCUCCUAUCAUCCCUGACUAUUAGCCACACUGAGGGCCACAUGUUCCCCAUGCCUAAUGUAUACGUUACUCAUUCUUGAGAGAGAAACCAUAGAGUGCAGGAGCGAGAGCGUGAAAGACUGUUAAAACUGUUGAGAGAGAAAGCAGAGUAUGAAGGCUAGAGUGGCAAGAGAUCCAUGGCCAGUCUCUCUCUCUCGCUCUCUCUCACCUUCACUCCCUCUCCAACCCAGAAAUAAACAGAAGAUUUCAGAGGUGGGAGCAUCCAAGAAAUUUGAGGGCUGCAUUCAAGCCCACCUCUGAUGUAGUCCAACAUUUUGUUUCCACCAACAGCCAACCAAGUGUUUCUGAGCGCUCACAGGUGGGCCAAGAAGUUAAUAGCGUCCCCUUGUUUAUCCCUAGCAUUUGGUCUUGGAUAUAGAUUGUCUCUGAAUAUGGAAGUUCCAUUUAGCUAUCAUGCCUGAUAGCUAUUGCUCUAUCUAUUGCUUAGGAGCACUGUUCUCUAACAGGCUUUUACCAAUUUUCACAUCGAGGGGAUUUUCAUUUUCAGUGAGCAUGAAUGUUGUGGGAACUCCAGCUCCCAUCAAUCCCAGCCAGCACAUCCAGUGAUCAUGGAUGUUGGAAUUUGUAGUCCAGUAACAGCUGGAAGACCACAGGUUCCCAAUCCCUGCUCUAAAGUCUGGAUAGAGGUGAUUCUUAUUUGUUAGCCAUUCCCUACUCCUAUGCGGCCUCAUCCUUGUUUUGAGCCUCUUUUUCUGGCUGUCCACAGUAUUAUGAUGACACCUUUCCAUCUAUGAAGGAACAGAAGAGUUUUGAAAGGAAUGUCUUCAACAAGACCCACAAGACUGACAGUGAGUAUGCGGCCAUUAAAGAUAAACAAACAACCAGCAGCCUCUAGUACCACCAGACACUCAACCAUAGAUCUCCUUGGCUCUUCUCCUUCCCUUGAGAAACAGAGACCACAUCUGCACUGUACAUUUAACGUAGUAUUGUGUCACUUUAAACAGGCACCGCCCCCCAAAAGAAUUCUGGGAAGUGUAGUUUGUUAAAUGGGCUGAGAGUUGUUAGAAGACUCCUAUUCCCUUCAUGGAGCUACAGUUCCCAAAGUGGUUUAACAACCAGUCUUUCUUCUUAGUUCUGUGAGGGGAAUAGGGGGACUCUCAGUACCCUUUAAAAUAUUACAGCUCCCAGGAUAUGUUGAGAAAAGCCAUGACUGUUUAAAGUGGUAUGAUAUUGCUUUAAAUGUACAGUAUAGUGCAGGUAGGACCAAAAAUAUUUCCAUCAACCAAGAGUGAAAAGAGACACUUGGAGUGACAAAGGGACAGGUGAUGGCAAUGUGGAGUGGUCCAGCAACUGGCCUAAGUGAUGGAGAGAGAUCAAGAGGAGGACACAUUGCAGAAGGUUUUUCUGCGCCGCGGAAGAGGAGGAGUAUGGGGUGAAUUUGGCCUGCACUCCUGAAGCAAAUUUAGUUGCUGGUAUGGAGACAUAUUUACCCCAAGACAAAUCCACUCCGCUGGUUUGCAUUUCAAAUAGGUACUCCUGUAGAAAUGUUAGCCAUUAUCUGGAGAGGAAUAAGCAGUCUUUAAAAAAUAAAAUAAAAACCUGCCACUUAGAAGAUGUUAUGCCAAGCACAAUCUUGUAUGCUCUAACUGUUAGAAACCUAUGUGUGUUGGACAAGGUGUUUGCCUUAUCUGCAGUCAGACAUUGGCAGGCCUCCUUUUGGUCCCUGUUCUGGGUGCAGUCAAGAGAAAACCCCUUCAGCUCUGGGGCAGCUUGGCACACCCUUUAAAAGGUAAACAAGCUCCAUCUCAGUCAGAUGGAGCCCAUCAGAAAAGACCUGGCUGACUCAGAUUCCAUCCAUUUACAACUGCAGCAUGGGUAGAAUUAAAUUGUUAGAAAUCAUAAAAAAUAAAUCAGAAAUAAGGUCACCAGUCCACAAGCAAAUGAGGCAGGGCCUGAUGGAGUUGUAAGGUUCUCGAAGGUGGGAUAGCUCAGUUGGUAGAGCAUUAGACUCUUAAUCUCAGGGUCGUGGGUUUGUGCCCCACGUUGAGCGAAAGAUUCCUGCAUUUUAACAUUGGGGGUUGGACUAGAUGCCCCUCGUGGUCGCUUCCAACAAUACAAUUCUAUGAUUCUAAGAGCUUUCCCGCUUCUCUCUCUAAACAUUAUUUCUCUUUCUUGUUUUCCUCAGGUGAGAUUGCUUUUUUGGAAGGCCUGACCAUUGUCUAUAAAAGCAGCAUUGAUCUUUUCUUUUAUGUAGUGGGCAGUCCCCAUGAGAAUGAGGUAAAUACUUUUUUUUUUUAGCCAGCAGGUAAAUGAGCUAAAUAGUGACUUAUGUAGCCUUAAGUGAUAUCUUGUACUUCUUAUUUUGUGGUUUCAUUGCCUUUCAUUUCUGUCCGUCCCGUCCCCCCAAAUGUUGAACAGAAAACAGUUAUAGGUAGAAACCACGAAGAGAAAGGUUCUAAUUAAGCUUACACAUGACUUUACAAAUGGACAGGACUCUGAGUAAAGAUUGCACAAAGUCAUCACAUUGCCAAGUAAUAGUGCUAUGUUUGCUUCUGUUCCCAGCUAAUUUCAGAAAAACAAAGCUACAGCAAAGCUUUGGGGCCCCUACGUGAAAACAACCUAUGUUCUGUCUGCUCUGUGUGUUUCUAGUAGAUGGUCAGGGAGAAAUAUAGUACAUGUUUAAAAGAUCACUUGAUUUUGUUUUUGUUGACAUGAGUCUUCCUUUCUUGGUCCCACUUUUUAAUAGCUGAUGUUGAUGUCCGUUCUUACCUGUCUCUUUGAAUCUCUCAACCAUAUGCUGCGGUGAGUAUCAUCAUUAAUCCCAGUGGAGAUCAAUGAGAUUCUCACAAAGUGGAAGGGACAAAAUAAAUAAUCGCUCUGAUCUGUUGCCCAAAGAUAGUAUGUGUGCCCAUGUGCUCGUAAUCCAGAUCAUAGGUAAAGGUAAAGGGACCCCUGACCAUUAGGUCCAGUCGUGGCCGACUCUGGGGUUGUGGCACUCAUCUCGCUUUAUUGGCCGAGGGAGCCGGCGUACAGCUUCCAGGGCAUGUGGCCAGCAUGACCAAGCCGUUUCUGGUGAACCAGAGCAGUGCACGGAAAUGCUGUUUACCUUCCCGCUGGAGCGGUACCUAUUUAUCUACUUGCACUUUGACGUGCUUUCAAACUGCUAGGUUGGCAGGAGCAGGGACUGAGCAAUGGGAGCUCACCCCGUUGCGGGGAUUCGAACCGCUGACCUUCUGAUCAGCAAGUCCUAGGCUCUGUGGUUUAACCCACAGUGCCACCCGUGUCCCCAAUCCAGAUCAUAGUUUGGUACAAAACAGAGGAUGGGCAUAUUGUAGCUGUAGAACAAAGAACAUAAGAUGGCUCAAAGAAGCAAGUGAAGCUGCAUGCUACAGGGAAUGGCAAAACUAUGAGAAUUUCUCAGUGGAUUGUGUCUAUUGCAAUAGCAGAUUAACAGUAUCUCCAAGCUCAAAGUGCUUUCUGCUUUCCAGAAAAGCUUUUAUUGGCAAGAUACGUUCCUUCCCAAAAUGUUCCCCUUGAUUUAUAGGGUAUUUUAAUGGACUGUCUCUUCAAAUACCAAGAAACUGGUAGCAAGAAUCUGCAUCUGUGAUUGUUUUCUAGGUGCCCCUGUCAUCAAAUGUGAAGCUGGUGACAAUGAAGGAGAGAGCCUUUUCAGUAGUGGCACCCUGCCCAUGUAAUACUGACCUUAAGGAGGCUUGCGUACCAUCCAUUUUGCUAUCACUUGGGCAGCACUCCUUUUUAUUGUCUGAAUACAAUGAGAAACUCUGCCCCUUUGCAGAACUCUCACCAUCCUGGUUGUUCUCCUUCUGGCACGCUCCAGUUUGUCAAGGUUCUCCUUCAAAAUAUGGCACCCAAAACUGGACACAGGUCCCCAGAUGUGGCUUGACUAGCACAGAAAUGACUCCUAAACUAGUUUAAAUCUAGUAGUGUAGACAUGUUCCUGGUGCUCAUAGUUGCCUUGCCUUGUCUUGUAUCUAGAAAGAACGUGGAGAAGCGAACCCUGGUGGAAAACAUGGAUGGGGUGUUCCUUGUGGUGGAUGAGAUCGUUGAUGGCGGGUGAGAUCAUGUGGAAGGGGAGAAAAGGGAAAUGAAUUAAUUUGGCAGAUCUCAGCAAGCUGGCUCAUGUCACCCUGUUUUAAAUCUGGAGUUAAAAGGAUCUGCCAUAGCUCAUCCAACUCACCGAGAUUCAAACACUUGCUGAGUACCUAAAUCACAUUAAGGAAUCCAGUUAAAAUGUAAACACAAGUAACAAAAUGUGAGCUCAAUUAAUUCAUGUUUUACAAACAACCCAUUAGAUGUGUUUUCUCCUACUUUUUGAACUAGUAAGAGACUCACAAUUAAAGGUAAUUUCUCCUUUUCAAAAGGCAGAAUUGCAGUUGAUGCAUUGCUCCCUUGCUUGAGGGAAAUGAAAUGAAAAAGGUUUCACAAAAUACCAGGAGGAAGGGAGGAACUUUGUGGGAGUUACUACUUUUGUUUUUAAAGGCUCUCAUAAAUGUUCUUACACUGCCAUGGUGCAGCCUAGGGAGAGAUCAGAUAUAAAAUGAGAACAGGGCUUUAGAAAACAGCAGCGCAUAAAAUAAAUGUCGCCAAAUGGCACAAGGAAUGCCAUGGUGCUGUUCAUCACUGACAACAGCCAGUAAGCCACAGCUACAAUUGCAUAAAUUGUUUCUUAAAAGAAAUGCAGUGUGUGGCAACAAAACGUUGCCUUUGGAUCAGUAGUGUAAAGUGCUUUAGAAUCGCUUCCCCAAAUGCUUCUGGAUUCCUUGCAACAGCUGCAUAACAACUGCAUAGUUCUUGCCAGAGACACAGAUCAAAAUCUCCCUUCCCAAGAUGUUUCAUUUUUCUUCUCCAUUUUAGUGUGAUUUUGGAAAGUGAUGCCCAGCAAGUCAUCCAGAAGCUGAAUUUUAGGGUAAGUGGUCUGUCCCUUCCUUCCUUCCUUCCUUCCUUCCUUCCUUCCUUCCUUCCUUCCUGUAAAUAUUCUCUCAUCUCUGCACUUUAUUCCCUUGCUCAUCUCCCUGAACCUUUUUCCACCUCAGACAAUCCCGGAGCCUGCAGCUUAUGGCUUUGUUCUCUUUGAUUACAUCACGGGUAACUCCGAAUACAAUGAAAUUUUGCCCGAGAGGCUCUACAAAUAGCGAACUGUUCUCGCAAACAGGAUGCAGGAGUAAGACUUGACUUCCUUCUAAGCAUGUCACUUUAAUGCAGCAUGGCAGCUGACUGGGUUAAAAUCGUCCUGCUUCCUUUAUCCCCCAUUGCAAAUCGUCCGGGGAGAUUCUUUCUCUCCUUUCUACCUGUCUGGCUUUUCCCACACCUCUAGACCCUUUUUGGGGCUGUGGCUAAAACUAGCUUGUGUGCAUGUAGGAAUGGAGGGGGGCACAAUUGCAAGAAAGCAAAAAAAGCCCAGAUACUGUAAAGCCCUAGACAUUUUGAUCUCAUGGUACCAUUUAGGCCAGAACCUGUGUGAAGCCAGCACUCGCGCAUCUCUAGCCAGCUUAUAUCAAAUUACUGUUGUUAUAAACACACACAAUGGUUCUAUGAGAUUGUAUGUUGUUGGCAAAAAGGAGGUGGCUGGGUAAAGAAGUAGGAAGCAAAGGUAGCCAAGGGGAUGCAAAAGAGACUGAAUCUGCUAUAGGGCACAAACAAAACCUUUGUAUUAGCAGUGGUUGCUUCCUUGCCUCCCAGGAAUGCAACUUUUUAUUAUAUUUAUUUUAAAAGAGGAUUUCUGAACUGCCAGUUCAUUAAAAAAAAGAGUAUACAGUAAAAUCAUUAAAACAUUAUAAAGUUUCAAAGUAAAUUAAGAAACGACCAACACAGAAUCAAAUUAAUUCUCUAAAGAGGCUUGUGGAAAGAGAAAUGUCUCUAGCAGGCAGCUAGACAACAGGAUUGUGGGUGCCUUCCAUUGCAGACAUGGCAAACUUUCUGCAAUUAAGGGAAGAGAAAAUGGUGCAGUUUUAUUGCAUUUUACAUAAGUGUCCUGCUGCGAACGGGUUGUUUCUGUCUUCCAUCCCAUGAGGAUGCUGGUGGAGGGAUACUAUAAUUAAAGCUAAAUAAAUGAUUUUUAAUAAGUGGCCAGAGGGGUAGCCUAUAUUUGUAUAGGAUGAGUCAGCCGCAAAACACAGGCAGCAUGUGUGUGUGCCUGGUAUGAUAUGGUGUAUGUGUGAGCUUCUAAGCAUGCUGUGUCAACAGCAGUAUUAAACUAUGUUCCCACUUCAUCAGAAUAUGCACAAACACUCCCCAUAUUUGGGUUUGCUUUCCAAGUUUGUUUUUUUUAAGGAGGACAUGAGCCUGCAGCAUGGACAACUUUUGAGUGUAACAAUGCUCUCGAUGUUAAAUAUCGCUGCUAUUCGUCUGGUUUUGCUCCUGUGAUGGGAAAUAGGAUCGGGAGAGGAUAUGUAAUAUCAGUAGCCUGGCUUCCAACCUUUAAGGGCUCUUGCAGAACUAUCUCUGCAUGUGUUGUACCCACCUCCAGCAGCUAUGGGGGUGAUUCCGUUUAUGGCCUGUUUCACACAGGAGCCUGGUGGUGAAAAGCUGAGUGACUGUGGCUGGUAACAGACCCAAGAACAGCUAAUGGAAUUAGGCACAGGAGGAGCCAAGUCAGAGGAAUGGUCCAUUUGGUUCAUCAUUGUCCACAGUGCGUGGUUGCAUAUCUCCCAUGGUGUCAGACAGAAUCUUUACCUAGGGAUGCUGGGACAGUGAAUAGGGUCUUGCACCGAGUUAAAAGCCACCUCUUCCUACCCCCUCUCAGUGCCACCAUUGCCACCACUUGCCUGCUGGCUGAGGCAUCGAUGGAGGGAGAAUAAUCAGGCAGGAAGCAAUGAGGUCCAAUGUACACCGCUUUAGCUGCACAUUGAAUUUUAUUUGCCAUGUUACCCUAUUGGCCCGAAUAUAAGCCACACCCGCAAAUAAGCCACACCUUUAAAAUUUGGCGGCUUGGGGGAGGAUUGGGAGCCGUGGACAGGAUGGGUGCCCGUGCUCUCGGCUGCUUCCUCGGGGGGACGGGGGGGCGAGCCACGCUGCUUUGCCAGCGGUAUAAGGUUGCAAAUAUAAGCCACACUUUAACGUUUCACGAUUUGAACUUGGAAAAAAAUGUGGCUUAUAUUCAGGCCAAUACGGUAUUGUCCAUUUGGAAAAUACCUUUUGGGAUUCUUUACUGUCUGUCUGCUUGGAAUUUUCCCAUCUUGAAUAAUUUGAAGUUGUCUGCAAAUUUUGCACUACCUCAUGGCUUUCUUCCACCUCCAGAUCAUUUAUGAAUGUUAAAACACUAUUCCAACUAUUCCACUAUUCCAAAUGCAAUGUGAAGAUUCCCUCCAAUGUGAAAACUGCCCAUUUAUUACUUCCUCCUUCUCCCUGUUCUUUAAUCCAUUACUGACCUGUCAAAGGACCUGUCCCAUUAUCUGGUGACCGCUAAGGACCAAACUAGAUGAAGAAACCAUUCACAGAAUUACCAGCUGUGCGAAUGGCUUUUAAAAAGCAAAUGGCAGGCUCAUGAGGCCUGAUCUAGAUCAGGAAUCUGGUGUGGGAAUUUCGGAGGGGGGUUGCACUUGCUGUUGUUAUGGAAGAAAAACUCCCAUUCAUGCUCCCUCCCCAUUCACUACAAAGAGGCAUUUGAUCUCGAUUGGGACUGCAGAAGGGGGGAAAGGGUUAAAGCCUAACUUAACACCCAUCCACCCACCCCGUGCCAGGAGCCUAAUCCAGAUUGUGGGGGAGUGGGCUUUUUUAAAAGUCAUGCACACCGUUGAUAAUUCUCUGAAUGGUGCUGCAUCCAGUUUGUCCGUAAAUUUAGUUAGGAUACAAUCCCAUGGUCCCUGGAAAGUCAUCCUAGGGGCCAUAGGAUAGAACAGAACAGAUCCCUCUUUCUUCCUGCAAAGAAGGGGAUCUGCCCUCACAAGCCUCCCAGUUACAGGUGCAGAAACUUUGCAGCCCUUGUUGCUCUGCUGUCAGAGGUAACAACAAGGGGUGGGGGGGCAGAUAAAGUGAAAAACACCAUACUUCCCCGCCCUCAAGCCAUCACCUACCCACCUUUUGUCCUGGCCAGUGCAAGACUGGAUGAGUUUUUUUCUAUCUCUGCUUCUGAAUUAGUUCUUCAAGAGAUCUCCCAGAAAAAAGCUGCCUGGGUUGGCCUGGGUGUAUCUCUCCCAACACUUAGUCAUAAAUUUUGUCAUAAUGGUCUUUAGCUGCUCAAUUUCUCACUUGUGGUAUAUUUAAAGGAAAUGUCAUUGUCUGUGUCUUCAGCAUUUUGCUCUUCAGAUCCCCUUAAAUUUCCUCACCUUUCCCCUGCCUGUUUUUAGGUGGAUGACAGCUCUUUAUCUGAACACAGUGUCACUCAGGUGAGUUUACUCUGGAGUUUCUCUUGCAUGCAGGUACCCUGCUCUCAGCUGGCGGUGUCGUCGUGCGGAUUAGUUAGACAAGUGGGACCCGCAACAGAAUGUUGCAGUGCAGAGUGCAGCACUUCAGGAUUCCAGCUACUCCCUGCUCCAUCCCAACUUCCUCCUUGUUUUCCCUUCUUCCCCCAACAAAAACUUAAGUGUGCUAAGUGUCUAGAAAUUGUUCUAAGAUGUUUUAUGGGGCCCCUCUUCCUGGUUCCAGCUCCCAGGUUUUUCUGUGUUUCUGCAAAUAUUUGGGUAUCCCCAAGCCUGCCUAUACCUAUCCUCUCGUGCGUGGACAGUGUAUUUUGACUACCAUAUUUUUUGCUCUAUAAGACUCACUUUUUCCCUCCUAAAAAGUAAGGGGAAAUGUGUGUGCGUCUUAUGGAGUGAGUGCAGGCUGCGCAGCUAUCACAGAAACCAGAACAGCAAGAGGGAUUGCUGCUUUCACUGCGCAGUGAUCCCUCUUUCUGAUCUGGCUUCUGAGAUUCAGAAUAUUUUCUUUCUUGUUUUCCUCCUCCAAAAACUAGAUGUGUCUUGUGGUCUGGUGCGUCUUAGAGCGAAAAAUACGGUAUAUAAGGAUUCGCACUCAGAUAAUGAGUUUGUUAGUAGCAUGUAAGAUGUGUGCCAGAGGCAGUUAUGGGUAUUGUCUGUGUGGUACGCAAUAUUUUCCCACAGGCAUGCAUGCCCUCUCCCCCAGCAAAGCAUAUACUUGCCUUUGCAAACGUGCAAUUAAAACUCUGCUGGGGAAAUUUCUGCGGGGAGAGCUUCAGUACCCAGUCUGCCCAGAAGCAGCUUUUCUUUCUUAAAAUUGGCAUCGGGACUCUACUGCAUGUGUUUGCACAGAGUGCGUGUAUGACAUCAGCAUGUGGCCAUAGAGGCGUGUAUGUGAGAGAGGGAGGCGGAGAGUGUGUACAGGAUACAGAGUUCAAAGUGAGAGACUGCGCUGUUUUCUCUUCCCACAAACCGGAAAGUUGCUUCCUGAAACCAGACCCUGUUCAGCCGAACAAGAGGCUGAAAAAUGUUGGUAAUAUUGGUAGCAAUCCUGCUCCACCUCCCCUAAGGUUUCUUAUCCCCCCCCCCCAUCUCACUAGCUAUCUCCUUACAGGCCGUCUUCUCCAAGUUAAUCCUGAUGGCAUAGAUCAAGAGGACAGGGGGUGGGUCCCUGGCAGGUCUCCUAACACCGUACUAACUGCCUCUUCUUGUCUGCUGCCUUAGAGUAAGUAGUUGGCAACAUAAACCCCUCGAGUCUGCGCUGCUGCUUUCGCCUGUGAAAAUAUUUCCCAUUUUAACCCAGUUGCUCCGAUCCAUAGAACGAGAACCAUUGCCUAAAAAACGACCUGCGUAAUCAAUGCUCGACUAUCCCAAUGAGUUGACGUUCGCAGUUCCGGGGACCAGGAGACAGGUCCUCAAAACUGGGGUGGGAAGGGGGAGAUAGAAGAGCGUGGUAUAAUGUUUGAGCCUACUCCCUGUUUGAAUGUUACUUUCUUGUGGCUGCUCUUGCCAAGUCUAACUGAUAUGUGGCUGUUUCAUUCAACAUUUUUUUACAUCUCCCAAUUCUCUGUGGCAUAUUAGGGGUAUACUCAAUUUUGUCAUUUUAAUUUUUUCACAGUGAAAGUGUCUUGGUGGGAAUUUUCACUUGCUUAACUAUUCCACACGCUGCUUAUUGCCUGUUUGAACUAGCUUGUUUUCCUUAUCUGUAGCUUUUGACACCAUCCAGCCAAGGAUCGCAUAGGUAGUGUGAGGCCAUCAGGUUUCAUGCAGGAAAUGGCUGCAUGACAGCUUCACAAAGCCAAAUCAGAAUGAAGGCAGAGAGUUCUGCUUUCACUCUGAAUAGGCUCCCUGACGAUACUGCAUAGCCCAUCAGAUUAUGCUAAGUGAUGAUACUAAGCAAGAAUGAAGGGCAGUGCUUUCUGCCUUCACUCCGAAUGAGAGAUCAUUUUGGCUGUCUUUUACAGUGCCUCCUGAAUAAUUGUCGAAAUGGGAGAAUGCAAUUUGUAGCUCGACAACUUACGACAUACAUGUACCCUACAUAUCUAUAUGGGCUUUAUCUAGUUUGAGAAUCAUGGGUUGUAGUUUGAUUUGAAUGCUAAGAAUUCUUCAUUAGAGAUUUGCAGCUUUCCGCACAGGACUACAUCCCCCAAGAUUCCUUAGAAUGAGGGAAUGAAUAUUAAGACAGUUUAAAUCUGUAUUAGCCUAUAGGGCACACUUGUAGCCAACUGCACCAUUUCGCAUAAAUAGCGCCAUGGGGCCACAUGUUGCCUAGCAACUGCAAGCGCACUUUACAUAGGUCUAGCAUCAUAGCUGGGGAGAAAGUCGAGGAGGGGGUCAGGGGAGAGGGGCUGGCACUAAGGGACACAUUACAGUGAGGGACAGAGGACAUGCUGGGGCCCAAUAUCCCCUUUGUCCACAAUGGGGAAACUAAAGGGCAUCACACAUAAAUGCUUGGCAUAUCUCUAUAUGCACCAAUGUUUGCUUAAACAUUGUGAUCAGAUUACUGUGGACAUGAUAUAGUUCAUCUUUUUUAAACAGAGGGAGAACUCAGAUAGAGUUGGGAAGUCCUUAGCAUCCAGUUGCCCGGGCCACCACAAACUUUUGUGUCUGUCCUAGAGCCUGAUUUUGCAUUCAUUGAUCACCCCUUCUUCAUCUAAAAGACACACCUGCCCCCUGGUGUUCAACUAGUUAGGUUGAGACACUUCCCAAGAUUUGAUUCCUUUAGAAUGUUCAUCUGGAUUUAGCUCCCAGAGCUUUUUUUUUAAAAUGGCAGUGGCAGAUGUGACACCAGACUAACAAACAUCAGCAUGCCUCUUGAGUACGUGCAGAGUGCCUUUUCCAUAGCUUUGCAUAACUGCAAUUGGCAGCUGCGUAUUCAGGACUGGAGGAAGAUCUUCCACGUCAAAAGAAAUGACUCCCAAUAGGAAUGGGGAAUUGGACUCCAACUCCCAUCAGCCCCUGCCAGUGUGGCCAACACAAUGCAAGUUGCAGUCCUACAACACCACAUGUUUUCCUGAUUUACAGGGUGGUUUGAACCACAGUAUCUGCUGGUUGACUUGCAUCUACAUCGUGCAUCUGGUUGACCGGGAUUAUUAGAACACAUGUUCCACAAUGCAUUGCUUUCUGUUUGAGAGAUGCUGUGUUUUGGAUGAUUGGGGUGGAGGGAGUGUUGAGGGUGGUAGUGCUGGGUAGUCCUGCCUCAUAGGGUCACAUUUGGUCCGGUGAUCUUUUGGCUCCUGCGAAUUUAUUUCUGGACUUGCUCUUUGUUAACCAUCUCCCAAGAUGAGCUUGUAAAGAUGCAAAGAAAUGCAAACAACAGAUCCCUUUAGUUUUAACUUCAGAAUGGCUAAUCAAAUUGCCCCAAUGCAGGGCCUACAGAUUCCCCAUGCCUUUGGCCUAGCCUGUUGGCAAAACACUGGAGAUAGAAGCAAUUAAUUGUUCUCAUUUUCUCUCUCUCUCUUCCCCCCAACUUGUUCAUAGGUUCUGCAGUCUGCCAAAGAACAAAUUAAGUGGUCCUUAUUAAAAUAAAGUCACCCACAGCAAAAGACACGGCGUUGGAGAGUUUUGUUUUUACAUUUUCUCACAUUGCUCUGUUCUUCUGAGCCUUUCCCAUUUGCCCCAAAGGAUGAGGAUGGAACCUUUCAGUGGGUACAAGUUGGUUGGCUGACAAGUGGAGAGAAUGCUAAUUUCCCAGGGACUCAUCUGUGUAACUUUGGAGGGCUGGGGAAAGUGUGUGUGUAUUUUAAAAGUGUUCUAAACAAAGUAAUAGAAUCAUCUAUUACAGCCCUUCCUAUUUUUGGACUACAACUCCCAUAAUUCCUGCUAAUCGGCAGUUCUGCCUAACACCUGCAUUAUUGGAAUAAAUGUAAUGACAUGGUAAGCCUGAAAACUCAAAUCAGGCUGAUCCAUCUAAGUAAUAUUUCAGAGGUGCAGUUUUAAUUUAAUUUUUUUUGCUCUGGUUCCUUCACAAUUGCUGCAAAUAUCCCACUCUAAACUUCCCUUGCCUGACCUCUUCUGGGAUAUAAUGACAUUGCAGUCCCGAGAUAAUCAUAUCCUUUCUCAGUGCCUCCCAUUUGUUCACGUG